AUGCCCUUGCGGAAAGAUGCAAGCCAGAAAACGGGCAGUGGAAUCGACUUGGAGAGUGCAAAAGUGCAAACCCGCCCUAACCGACAGCGGCUCCCGCUUGAAUGGGCAGAACCCAGGCUGGAUCGCUUCCUUGACGGCCGCUACUCACCAGUCACAGCCCGGAUCCCGCAUGACAUGCAAUGCACAACGCCGCUUGUCAAGCCCUCCGAUAUAUGA